AUGCGGCCUCCGAACCUCCUCCUCCUUCGCCGCCUCCGCUGUCCUCACACCCACCCUCUCCUUUCUACAGCAAAGACAACCCUAAUAAGCAGCCGCCGCUUCCGCCUCCCCUCCCUCCCCUCCCUCCCCUCCUUCACAAACCCCAUCUCCCCCAAACCACCACCCCCGCGCACCCUAACCGCCACCCGCAACCUCGCGUUCCCCCCAGACCUCCUCUUCCGCACAAUCGCCGAUAUAGACUCGUACGCCGACUUCCUCCCCUUCCUCACUGAAUCGACAGUGACGGCCCGCGACGCGAGGACUGGGUAUCCGACCAGCGCGUUCCUGACGGUGGGAUACGGGCCGUUGAAGGAGACGUUUGUGUCGCGCGUGACGUGCGAUGCGGGGAUGUGGACCGUUGGGGCACGGAGCGGGCGGCGGGGCGACGGCGGCGGGACCGAAAGUGGAGAGGCGGGUGAUGGGGGCUUGUUUGAGUUUCUGGAUACGUUGUGGAAGCUGCGGGCGGGGGGGGAUGCGGUGGUGAAUGGAAAUGGAAAUGGGAAUGGGAAUGGGAAUGGGAGUGGGAGUGGGAAUACGUAUGGAAGGGGUGUGGGGAUGACGACGGUUGAGUUGGAGGUUCGGUUUCAGUUUCGGAGUGCGUUGCACGCAGCUGUGAUGGGGGCGGUUGAGGACCAGGUGGCGGGGAUGAUGAUUGAGGCGUUUGAGAAGAGGGUGAGGGACUUGGAGAAGGUGAAGGUGAAGGCCGGUUGA